ACACAUCAAUCGACAUACGUUCAUCAUCAAGUCUCUUUGUAAAACGAAACUCUCGAAAGCAGCACAUAACAUGGUUUGAAAUGCAUAGUUCUACAUGCCAAAACACUUCCAAACAGUCAAUAAUUGAGCUUACCCUGUGAGCGAUUCCACGUGUCAGUUCCCAUGCCUUCCUCUAUAAAACCCAAUGACUGUUGGGCAGUGGUCUCAGUACCUUAGCGAAAGCUUGUAGCAUCAGUUUAAACUCUCAACCAGUGGGGCAACUACAGACAUGACCGUAGUGCACCGCAUCGUUAGCUUUGGCUACAACCUGCUCCAGCGCCACUUCAAUGUUGGACAUCCUACGGAACAGUUUUUCUUGCUCCGCUGUCUGGACGUUGUAUCCCCGGCCAUGCUACUACAGCGCCCACGAUCGAAUCUGGAAGUCGCCCUGAAGACGCUCUGCUUGAGCGUGAUGGUAGCGCACACCAUAGCGCUGGCGUACGACUUCAGCCAGCAGACGGAUGUGCGACUUGCGCUGGACAUGCUAUGCAUGCUGUCACUCUUUGUCUCCAUCAUUUUGCGUAGCACCUGCAUGCGCCAGUACCUGUCGCACAUUGACGCACUGGACCGGCUGGAAAGGCGGCCAACGUUUCGCGUCGGCACACCGUACGCCGAUGAGAGCCGCCGAAACGUUGCGUUGCAGAACAGUCGCUACCUCGGCGUGGCCCUCGUGAUGCACUCGCUCACGGUAACGAUGUACGUGAUCCAGAACAUGGUGCGGGAAAAUUCGUUCGUGAAGAUCAUUACCAGCUUCCCGAUCGACCUGUCCGAGCGGGCACCGGUGCUGGAGCGAGUGGCCGACCUGUGCUACAGCCUCGUCGGGUACGUUUGGGGUUGGUACCAUGGGGCCACCCAGCUAACCAUCAUCGUCCUGCUGCGCUACGCCAUUACCGAGUUUCGCGUGUUUCUCCACUCGCUGGACAGCCUGGACGAUCAGCUGCGGCAGCGUCGCGAGCAGGCGCAGGGCGCCACGGACGAGGAGCGCAUCCUGCGGGAGCUGCUGUACGAGCACGCACGGCACCACUCGCAGCUGAUCGUGGUCGUGACGCACCUGCGUACGUUGCUGCGCAACUACUCGCUAGUGCAUUUCUUCUUCUACAUGAUCAUCGUGGCCACCUUUAUGACGCGCGUCCUUAUCAUCCCCGGCAGGUCGUCGUUCGGCUUGGCCAUCCCCCUGUUGACGACGACGAUCUAUUUCUUCGAAACGUUCGGCAUGUGCAUGCUGGUGGAGAUGCUGGUGCAGUUGAAUCGAAAGGUCAGCACCAGCUUGUACGGAUUCAGCUGGCCCCAGUAUCUGCGCUACGAACGCACCAUCAAACGGCCGAUGAUGCUGAUGAUAAUGCAGGCAAACAUGACGAAAGAUUUCUCCGCCGGCGGGCUGACCACGGUAUCGGCCGAGCUGUUUGCUAAAACGUGCCGAAUGAUCUACACCAUGAUGAUGUUUAUGGCCAAUAUGGCAACGUAGAAUCACAGCCAUAACGCUUUGAGUGUAAAAUCAACUGACCUGCGACGUCAGUUGCAACAGUUGCCACACAUAUUAGGUGCCUUAAUCAGUCAAAUAAAGGGCUUGCAUGAUCUUUGAUUCGCAUUUUCCACCAAAACAA